AAACUACCGCUUGUUAUUAUUGUAAGAAUAAUUCCUCUUAUGAAAAUGGCGUCGAGUCAGGGAGGUGUGGGAGCUGUAACUGCUCUUCCAAACCAUCACUUAUCCAACGGACCUCACUGGAACCUGGGGAUCAACCAGCAUCAGCUCCACACGGCCCGGAGUUUAGACCGCGCUCUGGAGGAUGCUGUGUGCUCAGGGACGUUGAAUCUUAGCGGGAGGAAGCUGAGAGACUACCCUGGACUGUGCUAUGAUCUUACUGAUACAACGCAGGCAGAUCUGUCGAAGAACAGGCUCACAGAGAUUCCCCCAGAGGUGUGUCUGUUCGCCCCACUCGAGUCCCUCAACCUAUACCACAACUGCAUCAAAUGCAUCCCAGAAACCAUCAUCAACUUGCAGAUGCUGACCUAUCUCAACAUCAGCCGGAACCUUCUCUCAACAUUGCCAAAAUACCUGUUUAGCCUCCCCCUCAAAGUGCUGGUGGUGAGCAACAACAAGCUAGUGUCCAUCCCAGAGGAAAUUGGGAAGGCCAAAGAGCUGAUGGAGUUGGACAUCAGCUGUAAUGAGAUCCAGGUGCUGCCCCCUCAGGUGGGGAGGCUCCAGGCCUUACGGGAACUCAACAUCAGGAGGAACUGUCUUCACAUGCUGCCUGAGGAGUUGGCGGACCUGCCACUCACCAGACUAGACUUCUCCUGCAAUAAGAUCACAGAGAUCCCUCCUGUCUACAGGAGACUCAGGCAGCUGCAGCACAUCAUCCUCGACAACAACCCUAUGCAGUCCCCACCUGCACAGAUCUGCCUGAAGGGCAAGGUGCACAUCUUUAAGUACCUGAACAUCCAAACAUGUAGGUUGAAUAAGAAGCCUGACUCUCUGGACCUCCCCUCCCUGGGCAAACGCUGCCUUCCCCAGCCUCUGACCGACAGCAUGGAGGAUUUUUACCCCAGUAAGAACCACGGUCCUGACUCUGGUAUCGGCAGUGACAACGGGGAUAAAAGACUGUCUACGACGGAGCCUUCUGACGAUGACACCAUCAGCCUGCACUCUCAGGUCUCAGAGACGGCCCGCGCCGACGCGCUCUCUCUCCUCUCCAAGAUGGACUCAGGCAAAGAUCAGGAACCCUAUGACUUCAUCGAGCCCAACCCAGAGGAGGAUGCUGCCCUGUCAGAGGGGGACGGGCAGCAGAGUGGUGGACCCUACAUCUCCUGUAUAAAGGAAUUGGAGAAGGUUCUUAACAAGUCACACCAAAGCAAAGAUAAGGAAAGCUGGAAAGAGGAGUCUGGCUCUGAUAAAGAUCAGCUAGCUGAGGAGGAGGAAGAGGAGGAGGAGGAGGAAGAGCUGAAGGAGGUGCUGGACCUGAGGAAGAUUGCCGUCCAGCUCCUGCAGCAGGAGCAACAGAACAGACGACGAUCCUUAAUUUGUAGAGCAGAGAGUCUAAUUCAUCGAAGGAGGGUUGCCGGCCGUGCACACAGGUUCCUCAGUCACUCUGGCAGCUCCGGCAGCAAACAAAGGUCCCCCUCUCAGGCUAUCCGCAGUGCCUCUCUGGAUGAAGCGAACAGUGGCACGUCAGUGCUGAGUGGGCAGGUAAGUACUUCCUGUCCUGUUUUCCACAGGGAACAUGCUACUCAUUGUUCCCAUUUUGUGCGAGUAAUACUACACCGUGGUCAUUGUUUUCAGUUCCCCUUUUUAAUGUGUCCGCGUGCGAGGCCUUGGUUUUGGUGUCUGGGUUUCACUCAUGUCGUUCACCUCUCUCUGUCUCUCUCUGGAAAGGACCCUGACUUCACAGACGACGACGACGCUUUCUCUGAGCCCUCCUCUUCAUGCUCCUACGAUGGCAGCCUGAAAUCCGAGUCAGACACGGAGCCAAAGUGGCCAGAGGUUCCACCUGUACUCAACCAGAACGAGGAGCGCAGGAGGAACAAGUAUCUGAGGAAAGAUUAUCUGAAGAACAAGUGCCAGAGUGCCCGACGAAACUCCAGUGGGAACGAUGAGUGUGAGGAGGUAUUGCGGAAUGCUGAGUUCAGCACCACCCUCACAGUGUUUGGCCUUAAACCAAGAUCAGCUUUUUGCCGAAGCAGCCGCCAGGAGCCGUCAGACCCCAGUUUCACCAUGAGGAGGAAGAUGGAGCACCUGCGGGAGGAGAUGGAGCAGGUUGGCAUCCUACGGCAGAACCUGGAGUCCAGACUGAAGGUCUUGCUGCCGGACGAUGUGGGAGCUGCUCUGAUGGAUGGCGUUGUCUUGUGCCAUCUGGCCAAUCACAUUCGUCCUCGGUCGGUGGCCAGCAUCCAUGUACCCUCGCCCGCAGUGCCAAAGCUUAGCAUGGCCAAGUGCCGCAGGAAUGUGGAAAACUUCCUGGAUGCCUGUAAGAAGCUGGGUGUGCCACAGGACAAGCUGUGUUUGCCCCACCACAUCCUAGAGGAGCGUGGGCUGGUGAAGGUGGGCAUGACCGUCCAGGCUCUACUGGAUCUGCCAGCCUCCAAGCCCACCCAGCUAUCUGCUGUCUAACAGCAGCCUGGACACUGCCUCCACCCUCCCUGUCCAGUCCAGUCAAGCCAUUCACCCCCCCAGCCCUACACCCCACAGAGGAGGGGGCUUCCAGCCCGCUUCGCUCAUCACCAGAGAACCCUUAGGGGCGAGGGCCCGGGGGGUUGCAGGGAGUCCAUUGUCAGCUGAUUGAGCCAGGAGAAGGAGGGGUUAAUUCAGAUCCUCCCACCCUUCCUAUAUGAUGUCAGCUGGGACCCGCCUCCCAUCCCAUCAGAUUGUUAGCUUCUGUCAUGUCCUACCCUCAGGGGACCCUACUGUACUGUGUGUGUGUAGAGUACCAGUGUGACUGUCUGUGUGACCUGCGCAGUGUGGACUUUAUGAGUGCUGGUGAACCUAAAGCCAGGUCAGAGGUCAGACUAAGGAGGGAAUCGCAGUGAAGAUGAAGACCUGUCUGUCACCAUGGUGAUAUUGACUGGCCCAUGGUCAGACACCAUUGAACCUAGUGGUGCCAACACUGAAGUCACUGGGUUUUCAAUUCUCGGUAUUAAAAUACAUUGGUAGUGAAGUGAUAGCUGUUUUAAAGGCAUGUACUCAUCACUCUUUCACUCAGAGAACUUAACUGCAUGCUGGCCCACCAGCCAUACCACAUAACUCAAGUGGUCCUCUUUGACUUUUCUUUUGUAGAACAAAUUAGCAUUCACAUUGGAUUUUGAGUCAUAUUUGUACAAGAGCGUUGUGUUCUAUCACAGUAUACCUCUGUUUGAUAUCACAGAGGUAAAGUUUGGGAUGUCCUUAACAGUGCUUUACCUCAGAGGAGCCACCAGUAGCUAAACCCCAGUACACACACUUCUUACAGUCUGCAUUUGACUAGAAUUAUUGUACUGUCAAUAACAGUGCUAUUUGGGGGAAGAAUGCUAAGUUUACUUUUAAACGCAUGGUGUCCAUGAUUCAGAUGGAUGUUAAAACUGCCGCACAUUCGGAUAGAGACUUUCUCACCUGCGCAUGGUUGCUGAUGGUGUUGGUCUCAUGUCCAAUGACCCAUCUGUCUACUGCUCUGCUGUGGUGAAGGGAGGAUGCCCUGAGGUACUGCAGGUGGUUUUGAUAGCUCACCACACUGUACAGUAUACGAGAGAGCCAUCCCACUGUCACGGGGCGUUCUGUCAAAUGCAGACCUAAAGACACAAGACUACUGUGACUGCAUGUAGCUUUGAUUCGAAUCACAUGUUCGUUUUGAAUAGGACUAGUUGAAAGCACAGGGGUAUGUAGUUGGGAUAUUGUACCAUAUACACUUACAAUCCUGAGAUUGUAUCUUUUGGUCAUUUUGAUGCAAUGAAACCUUUUUUUUUAAUGUUGAAAUAUUUCAUCUUUAAGUUUACAACUUGCUCCUCUGGUUGGAUUCACAUCUGCAAAAUGUCAAAUAAGGAAAAGAAAAUAAGCAAUUGGGUGAUCCCAUAGAUUCAUCUUGACCAUUGAAAUAUUUUAUCAGGGAGACUAUUUAUCUAUUUAUUUUUUCUAUUUAUGUGCUUUAUACCUGUUCAAGCAACACACUCUAGAUGGCAGUAUGCAGCCUUUCAGUUUGUUUACCAACUCACAGAAGUAGUAGAUUAAGAAAAUUGAACACGCCCUCUAUGGCGCUGCCUGUGCGCUCACAGAGGCCAUAAUGGAACAUGUACAAAGAUCUCUACAUUUACCACAAAGGACUAGGAAAAAUACAUUUGAACAGCCGUCCAACUGGUAAUUACUAGUGGAAAACUUGUCUCAUCCAGUUCUGAAAUCGUAAAUAGCAGUUGGAUGCAUUCACUUGCCUUGACGUUUUUGAGAAACUCCCGAUUUGCUUAUAGACAAAAAGCUGUCUCAAACAUGAACUAAAAGUAUAGCUAUCAGGUUUGUAAACAAAUGAUAGUGUUUAAAAACCAUAUUAAUAUAUUAGCAUCUGGGUACGGUUUGUUCUUAGGUGUCUCAAAGUCCGAUUCAAUUAACCUCAAAUUGCAGGAAAUCUAAACCAUUGUUCCUGCUGUGAAUAGUUUCACUUAAAAGGAGUUUCAUUUGGUUUCCAUUUAGUAAUGAAGGUCCUAUUAUUGCAAAUAUCCAUUCUUAACUUCAAAUUUGCUUUUGAGUGGGAUGCAGGAACAAUGGUAUUUCAAAUCAAAUUGUUUUAGUCACAUGCACCGAAUACAACAGGUGUAGACCUACAGUGAAAUGCUUACUCACGAGCCCCUAACCAACAAUGCAUUUUUUUUUAAAUGCGGAUGGGAAUAAGAA